GCUUCAGUGUUCAUUUAGCGGUAGAGGGGGUAAAGCGGCGCUGCGCGUUUACUGAUGGCUGACAGUGGGAUGACAGGCAGAGGGGUGAAGCGCAGUGUAAACGUCCUGCUGCAGUGUGAAUGGGGCUCCUGCAGCUAUGUGGCUUCUAAGAUGGAAGAAUUCUGCGCUCAUGUGUCUGAUCACCUGGGAGCCCAACAGCUGAGGACUGGCGAGGAGAACAUGGACUGUGAGGACGAGUUUUGUUGCCUGUGGCAAGACUGCGGCUUUUUCUCCCUGGACAGUCAGGUAGAGCUGUUCCGCCAUAUUUAUUUUCACUGCUACCACACGAAGUUGAAACAGCUGGGACUCCAGGCGUUACAGAGUCAGCCGGACCUCAUCCCAUGCCAGCUGGACACGCAGAGCCGAAACAUGAUCCCCGAACUCCAGGAAAGCUUCAUAUGUAUGUGGGACCAGUGUGAGAGCACGUUUGACAACGCUGAAUGGUACUACAGGCAUGUUGACUCUCACGGCCUGAGCACGGAAUAUGAAGUCGCUGGUAAAGAGAACCGCGUUUUGAUGUGCGGGUGGAAAGACUGUGACUGUUCCUGUAAAAGUCGAUGCAAGCUACGAGAGCACCUGCGAAGCCACACGCAAGAAAAAGUCGUGUCUUGUCCAAACUGUGGGGGCAUGUUUUCCAACAAUACUAAAUUCUAUGAUCACCUGAGACGGCAAACCUCUUUAGAUCAACAUAGGUUCCAGUGCACACAUUGCUCCAAGAGAUUUGCGACAGAACGCCUGCUGCGGGACCACAUGCGAAACCAUGUGAAUCAUUAUAAGUGCCCCUUGUGUGAUAUGACCUGUCCGCUUCCUUCUACCUUACGGACCCAUAUCCGCUUCCGACACAGUGACGAGCGCCCAUAUAAAUGUCAGCAUUGUGAGUACAGCUGCAAGAAUCUGGUUGAUCUUAGGAAACAUUUGGACACACAUAGCAAGUUGCCCGCCUAUUGUUGUGAAUAUGAAGACUGCAGCUUCAGCGCCCGCUCCCUCUGCUCCGUCAAAGCGCAUUACAGAAAAGUGCAUGAGGGGGAUUCAGCUCCCAGGUACAAGUGCCACGUUUGUGAGAAAUGCUUCACCCGAGGAAACAACCUGACUGUUCACUUGCGUAAGAAGCAUCAUUUCAAGUGGCCGUCUGGACACCCUCGAUUCAGGUAUAAGGAACAUGAUGACGGCUUUCUACGUUUGCAGCUGGUGAGAUAUGAAAGUGUAGAACUGACAGAACAUCUGAUGAAAGAACGGGAGAAGCAGGGAGUGCCCCUGGAUGAAGCCCCGACCUGUCUGGUGUUAGGCCAAGGAGCAAGCGCAGGAUCUGAUGGAGUAGAUUAUGAGAGGACUGGAGGAGAAAGGACUACAGAUUGCUGGCAGAAUGAUCAGCUGCUCAGUAAAGACAUUGCCUCUUAACAAAGGAUAUAAGGAGGCCCGUAUCUGGGACUGUAUGUUUUCUGUAGAGAUCCUAAACCGAGAGGGUUCAGCGCAUCACAUUAGUUACCUGCUCUUGCCUCAGUUUAGUAUCACAGACCGGAUACACAACUUCAUGUCCCUCGAGAGCCCAGCAGAUGCACUUCAGUAACAUUUCACGCUGUUUGGGCCCGUUGUCUGUACUCGGCCCCCAGAUGGGGGGGGUAAACUGCACAGAUGUCAAGUCCAAAGACUGAAAUAGUAAAUGUGGUCCACCAAUAACUGCAUCCUUAGAAGAAAAGAUGGCCACACACAUUCUGUAGCUGCUGGAUGAACACAGCUACUCCUGACCCCCUCAUACACCAA